UAGCAGGACAGCAAGAGAGCAGGGAUGUGAGAGCGAGAGAGAGAGAGACGACUGGGAGAACGAGUGGGAGUUCCUAAGUGGGAACAGAGCAACUAGUGUUUCAUAUUACUGCAAAAAGAAGAGAAAGAGGGGAAGAGUUAAUGUGGCCCAAGGCGGCGGUGGAUCGCUUGAUUUAGCGUGCUGCAGUAUAGUGGGUUUAUGGAUUCUUUGAGAGAGGACAAUGUACAUCUCUGUAGUGCUGCUGGUACUGACUAAAGCUCUGCUCACAGAAAUAUGUCAUGCUCUGAACGUGACUGUGAUCCCGGCGCCUGUGGUCUCGGCAACCGAGCGGGACAACCUGACACUGUCCUGCCUGGUAUCUCAGAGAAAGAACGGCAGCAAUCUCGUCCUCCGCUGGUUCUUCUCCCCUCUGGGUGCUCCCACCUCUGCGCCUCCUUUACCUCCCCCAUCUCCUUCCCCCGCUGCCCCCGAGCCCUCCCAGGUCCUCAUAGUCAAAAUGGGCAUCAAGAAAAUCAAGCUGUACGGAAACUACACUCGCCACUUCCCCCAGCCCAAGUUUCGUCUUUAUGAGCAAUCGGAGGGAGAGGUAUACCGCUUGAGGAUUCUAAACGUGACUGGGACGGACCAGGGCUUCUACACGUGUCGGGUGCACGAGAUAAGAAAGUACAGGAACAUAUGGAGAUCAUCGGCCAACGGAAGCAGCACUACACAGUUGACAGUGCAUUUUACACCAGAGGCUCGUAGAGGUGAAGGAAUUUGGCGUCUGUUAUCAGACGUGAACAUGUGUGCCGUGCUGAUCUGCUCGCUGGGCUUGCUCUCCAUCUUCCUUUUCACUCUCACCAUCACCAUCCAGCACUUAUACAGGAGACACAGGCUGAAAGAAAGUUACCUUCUGGUCAAGUGUCCAGAGAGCAGCUCCGGAGAGACAGUAACCAGCUCCAGCAGUUCUUCUAGUUCCUCUCCAAGAGCACACAAUAAAUACAAGGUUCAGAAAAGUGAUCUAAAAGUGGCGUUAAAACCCCCAAAGGUGCCUGAGGAGCCACCACCACUCACACCACCUGCAGUGCCUGUGGCUUCAAAAAGACCCCAGAAGCCCAAAAGGUCAAAGGUUCCAAGGAAGUCUGCCACUCAUCAAGCACAUAAGGAUGACAGCCUGACAUACGCGGAACUAGAGUUGGUCCGACCAACCGUGGAACCCCCAGCUUUGACCAGUCCAGACCCCGACCCUUCCAGCCCAGACACGGUGUACGCUCAGAUCCUCUUCCAGGAGAAGCAGCUGUAAACACAGCAGCUCAGUCUGAACCCAUGGAUGUCUCACUACCUCCCGGAGAGGAAGACAUGAUUGGGUUCCGGAGUGAAGAUGUGUAUUUAUGAACAUGCAAUCUGACAAUAAGCAUUUGUUUUUUUGCGUGUCUAUGAGCACCUGGUUCCAGUCCAACACAGACAUUUUUGAGGGGCCUUAUUUUAUUGUUUGCUUUGUCGGCAUCUCUGGUCUGUGAUCCAGAUGUUCAUAAGAAUGCUCUGUUAUUGCUGAGUGGGGGCUCAGGAGAGAAAUCAUUGUCAAUGCUCCUUUUCCUCAACAGCACUGCAACCCUCAGCAUUUUAAAUAAUAGUUUACAGUGGAAA